AGCAUACUACAUUUCGCUCUCCACCCGGACGCCUGAGACCCACCGUCCCGCUUUGCCAGCGCCGGUACGCCGCCCUAAAGCGUCCCCCUCCCUCCGGAAGCGCCUUUGUGGACGAGAGGUUCGCCAUUCAACCGGGUGUGGUGCGGGUUUCCAGCUGCAAAAAUAAGCAGGGUUUAGGAGCCGUUGCUGUGGACGGAGAGACGGGGACGUGAGCGGCCAUUGAGGGCGGCCAGGGUGCCGGUGAGCCCCCCCCCCCCCCCCCAUCUGCUCGGUGUGCGGGCUGAGCUUCGAGGGGCUGAGCUUCGAUGGAGGACCACAUGACGGGGCACAACAAGGAGAAGCGUUAUGAGUGCGAUGUGUGUGGCAAGGCCUGGCAGUGCCCGAGCGAGCUGGAGAUCCACCGGCGGGUUCACACGGGAGAACGCCCCUUCGACUGCUCGGAAUGCGGAAAGAGGUUCACCACCUACAACCACCUGCGGCAGCACCACCACGUGCACUCCAACGAGAGGCCCUUCACCUGCUCCGUCUGCGGCAAGAGCUUCACCAGCUCUAGAAACCUGCUGCGGCACAACCUCGUGCACACCGGUGAGAGGCCCUUCACCUGCUCCGACUGCAGCAAGAGCUUCAAGACGGCGAAUCACCUGAAGAUGCACCUGCAGGUGCACACGGGCGUGAAGCCCUAUUGCUGCUCCACCUGCGGCAAGAGCUUUGCCUGGUUAUCGGUGCUGCAUGUGCACCAGCGCCUGCACACCGGGGAGUGGCCCUUCACCUGCUCCGACUGCGGCAAAGGGUUCAUGUCGUCCACGUACCUGAAGGAGCACGGGCGCCUGCACACCGGAGAGCGCCCCUACACCUGUAAUGACUGUGGCAAGGGCUUCAUCCGUCCAAGGAACCUGCUAGUGCACCAGCGCACCCACACCGGGGAGCGCCCCUACACCUGCGCUCACUGCGGCAAGGGCUUCACCCACUCUAGCAGCCUGCGGGUGCACCAGCGCACCCACACCGGUGACCGCCCCUACACCUGCGCUCAGUGCGGCAAGGGCUUCACCCAGUCCGGCAACCUGCUGGAGCACCAGCGAACUCACACCGGGGAGCGCCCCUACACCUGCGCCCAGUGCGGCAAGGGCUUCAUCUGCUCCUCCAGGCUGCUGUUGCAUCAGCGGGUGCACCCGUCCCGUCACCAGCCCGGUGUGUAGCGAGCGCAUUGCCAAGGCCUCCCAAACCCUGUCUCACCAGCACGUACACACCAGUGGCCAGCCCUACGACUGCCCGUACUGCGGUGAGCAGUUUGACAGCUCACGGGGGUUGCGGCAGCACCGGCGGGCCCACGCCGGCGAGCAGCUGCUCCCACUGUGACAAGAGAGCACGAGGGCUGCGGGAGCACCAGCGGAUACACACCGGAGAGAGACCCAUUGUGUGCGCUGUGUGUGGCAAGGGUUUCACCCGCAUGUUCAGUCUGUGGCAGCACCGGCAUACCCACAGCGGUGAGCGUUCCUUCCCCUGCCCGUCCUGUGGUAAGGGUUUCACCCGCCUUGAACACCUGCUGGAGCGAGUCCACACCGGCCAGCGCCCCUUCACCUGCCUGCUCUAUGGCAAGACCUUUGCCCGCUCCUCCAGCCUGCUGGCACACCACCGCGUGGAUAGGCACUGUUUAGGUAGACACAAAAUGGUGGAAGGAUUGGGUAAUGUUUCGGGUCGUUUCUUCAGUCACCCAUUCCUUCUCUCCAGAGAUGCUGCCUGUCCCGCUGAGUUACUCCAGCACUUUGUGUCCUUUUUUGUAAACCGGCAACUGCAGUUCCUUUUUUUUUUAAAGCAUUCUGGUUAACCAUCUCCGCACCUUCCCCAAAGCCUCCACAUCAGUCCUGUAAUGUAGUGACCAGAACUGUAUGCAAUACUCCAAAUGCUACCUGACUAAUGUCCCUUAAAUCUGCACAUAUACAUUUCCCUCUCUCCCCUUUCCCCACACUCUCCCCCCACGUACACAAAUUAUCUCCACUCCACCCUCUCGUGCCCCCCUCUUCUCUCUCACACACUCCCUCUCUCG